UGAGAAGGAGCUGUCCUUACAGGGUGGUGCUGGUGAGAAGGAGCUGUCCUUACAGGGUGGUGCUGGUGAGAAGGAGCUGUCCUUACAGGGUGGUGCUGGUGAGAAGGAGCUGUCCUUACAGGGUGGUGCUGAUCAGUUGAGGCUCUCCGUACAGGGUGGUGCUGAUCAGUUGAGGCUCUCCGUACAGGGUGGUGCUGAUCAGUUGAGGCUCUCCGUACAGGGUGGUGCUGAUCAGUUGAGGCUCUCCGUACAGGGUGGUGCUGAUCAGUUGAGGCUCUCCGUACAGGGUGGUGCUGAUCAGUUGAGGCUCUCCGUACAGGGUGGUGCUGAUCCUCCUCGCUCAGAGCCUGUUCUGCUCUCUGCACACUCGGUGUGAGGCUCCUUUAAGAAGCACAUUGCUCUGUGGUGGGAUGGUGCACGCUGCUCUGGAGGAAGUUACGCAGCCUGGAUCAUGCCCUGAGAUAAAAAGCUGCGAUUGAAAGUGAUGGCUCAAGGAUUUAUCCUCCGUAUUAACUUGGAGAGGCAGAAGCGCAGGGAGAUUUCCUAAAGCCGCUGCCAUCUGCCCCGGACCAGGAGAAGCUGAGGGUCCUGCGGGGGCUUCAGGCGGCACCACCCGGGACACCAUCUGCCCCGGACCAGGAGAAGCUGAGGGUCCUGCGGGGGCUUCAGGACCAGGAGAAGCUGAGGGUCCUGCGGGGGCUUCAGGACCAGGAGAAGCUGAGGGUCCUGCGGGGGCUUCAGGACCAGGAGAAGCUGAGGGUCCUGUGGGGGCUUCAGGCGGCACCACACCCGGGACAUUAUCUGCCCCAGACCAAGAGAAGCUGAGGGUCCUGUGGGGGCUUCAGGCGGCACCACCCAGGACACCAUCUGCCCCGGACCAGGAGAAGCUGAGGGUCCUGUGGGGGCUUCAGGCGGCACCACCCGGGACAUCUAAAGUUUUGCUGGUGAUUAGAGCUGAGGGUCCUCUGGAUGUGAUCGGAUCGGUGCAGGCUCCUUAUACCGAUCAAUAACGGAUUGUACAACUCGCAGAAAGCUGGAAGAGGAAGCGGAGAGUGUGCACGGGGCUCUGUCAGCGGCGCUGCCGGUCGAUCUCAUCCCCCCGGAGAAGAAUUGGUGGACGUCCCGGUGAGAAGACUGCAGGGUCACCUUUCGAAGUUCAGCUUCAGCCUCAACAGGUGGCACCUAUAUGAUCCUUGGAUUUUAAGGUUCUUCCAUAUCCUUGGACCCAAGUCCUGAGGUUUCUCGGACCCUUCAUGUGGACCCUCUGGCCUAAAGAUGAGUAGAUGUUUGAGGAGUAACAUGACGCCAUCUUGUCGUCCCGAUCUGUGCACCAGAAUUGACUUUUUACCUUGCCUAACACCUCUAUGAGUCGAUGCAGAGACAAAGAGACCCGGAUGGUUGGGAAAUAUCUAUGCAUCACCUAGAACGUGUUCUAGAUGUUCUGCGUGAUCUCUGAAUGUACGUCACAUGACUAUCUAGUCGUAGCUGCCGAUAGCGUCAGCAUAAGAGCCAAUGAGGUGUUUCCAUGCUGAUCCUGACAGCAGCAGAUAAGCCCCCUGAAGUGUCCCCCUAUGUUACGUGGUCGUCUCCGCCCCGGGAGGACACCGCCGUCUGCGCCAGCUGCCAUGCUGCCUGUGGCCGUCUUCAUCUUCCACUGCCUGCCUGUGGCAUUGGGACACUAUGACAUCUGUAAAUCCUUGGUGACAUCUGACGAUGGCCCUUCCUGGGAAUACUAUGCCUGUCAACCAAAGCCCAUGGUGAUGAAAGAGUAUGCGAUAAUUAAGGUGGACCCCCCUGGAAUUACCUGUGGUGACCCGGCAGAGUACUUCUGCACACAUGAGAACCCAUACCUCUGCAGCGAUGAAUGCGACGCCUCCACCCCGGACCUGGCCCAUCCCCCCAGUCACAUGGUUGACAAGGAUGAGGAAGGUCUGGCCACCUACUGGCAAAGUGUCACCUGGAAGCGAUACCCGGAACCGUUGGUUGCCAACAUCACCAUGUCUUGGAACAAAACCAUAGAAUUAACCGAUGACAUUGUGGUGACCUUCGAGUAUGGACGUCCGACCGCCAUGAUGUUGGAGAAAUCUUUGGACUAUGGGAGGACUUGGCACCCGUACCAGUACUAUGCCGAUGACUGUAUCGAAGCCUUUGGGAUGACACCCAAGAAGGUGGUGAACCUCAUAGCGAGUAAUGUCAGCCGGGUGCUGUGCACGGAGGAAUACUCCCGCUGGGCCGGCUCCAAGAAGGAGAAGAACGUCCUCUUUGAGGUCCGAGAACGUUUUGCCAUCUUUGCCGGUCCGGACUUAAGAAAGAUGGAGAACUUGUACACGAGGAUGGAGAGCGCCAAGGGGUUAAAGGACUUCUUCACCCUCACUGACCUGCGGCUGCGGCUCCUGAGGCCCGCGCUGGGCGGGACCUACGUGCAGCGAGAUAAUCUCCGAAAGUAUUUUUAUGCCAUCUCCAAUAUAGAGGUGUCUGCAAGGUGUAAGUGUAACCUACACUCCAACGGGUGCAACUUCCGAGAUGGGGCUCUGCAGUGCGAGUGUGAGCACAACACCACCGGGCAGGACUGCGGCAGGUGCAAGAAGAAUUUCCGCAACCGGUCGUGGCGGGCGGGGUCCUACACUCCUCUGCCUCACGGAUCGCCGAAUUCCUGUGCCGCGUCGGGUUCCCUGGGCAACUGCGAGUGUUACGGACAUUCCAGCCGAUGCAGUUUUAUCGACUUCCUGAAUGUGGUCACUUGUGUCAGCUGUAAGCACAAUACUCGGGGCCAGCACUGCCAGCACUGCCGCCUAGGCUUCUACCGCAACAUUACAGCCGAGCUGGAUGACGAGAAUGUCUGCAUACAAUGUAACUGUAACCAACACGGCUCUGAACACGAACGCUGCAAUGAGACCGGUGAUUGUGUCUGUCGGUCUGGAGCUACUGGAACUAAAUGCGAGGAGUGCCUACCCGGUUACCACUGGAGACAGGGUUGCCAUCCGAACGUGUGUGAUGACGAACUGCUGAUCUGCCAGAAUGGCGGCACGUGUCACCAGGGACAGCGGUGCAUCUGUCCCAGCGGCUUCAGAGGGGCCCUGUGCCAAGAUGCCAAAUGUGACUCCACCCACAGGAACUGUGACUCCGCCUCAAGCACCCUGAUGUUUUCCUCUCUGCUGCUCCUCUGUACAAUCCUACUGAGCAUGGACGGUAUUUAACUCCGCCCCCCAAUGGUUCCUUAUGUCUGAGCACACACUGCAGGAGGGGUCUACAAGUCAUGCAAUCCCCCUGUGAGGACACCCCCCAUCCAACCAACAGGGGAGAAUCUGUGAUGGUAACUCUACUUCUGCAGUGCCUUAUUGUCGCAUAUCACAGGGGACUUGAAGAAGCCGACAUUAUAGCCCACGAGGUGGAGACAGAGACCACCGCGGCCUCAGGUGGAAGAAUUAUUAUCAGCUAAAUGGCUACUAUAGACUUGGGCCAAUAUCUACCCACACUUUCGAUUUUUGGAAGCUGGAAUUUAGACCGGGCACCAGCCGAGUCCAUGCCUGGUCAUACAAGAUGGACGUCACAUUAAGCACCUCCCCCGUUAACAUAUAAAAGGGGCGGGGCAUAGACCAAUGAUAUAUAAAACUCUUAUCACUAAGCAGAUACGGACCUUGUGCCAAAAACAGGAUAGACACAAAUCAAGAUGGCCGCCAACGCUCGCUACCACAGGGUGUUAUUAUUUUGGGGGACAGAGGGGGGGAGGGAGCAUCUAAAGCAAACCCCUUUGGCUCCGACUGUUUGAAAACAAUUUUUUGUCUUAACCAUUUGCUGCUGUGUACAACCCCCCACCCAAAUUGUCUUUAUUUGAGAGGGGGGGGGGGGGGGGAAGCAAAAUUCUAUUAAUUUCAUCCCAUUUUAAAAUAUUUUAUUUUUAAAAAAAAUUACAUUUUAAUCUAUUUAUCCAUCGUUCUAGUGUAUACGAAGCGAUCGCCUUCACUGUGAUGCGCCGGGGUAGGAGUUUUUAUGUAGAGCAGUUGUUGCGGGUGGGAGGAGCCUCAGGAGACGAGAGUCUAUAUAGUAUAUAUAUAUGAAGAUAUCACAGAGCAGAGAGACAGAUAUAAAUUCUAUCGAUAUAUUGUAUAUGAAUUUUUUUUUUCUUUUUUGUAGAGAAUUAUUUUUGUUUCAAUUUAAAUGUUCUAUUUAAAAAAACAAAAACUAACAAAAAACUAAAGAGCGCUUUAUCCUGAAGAACUCGGCCAUGGUGAGAAACAUCCAAAGUAAAGAAAUUGUGUAUUUACACCG